AUGGGGCUGCCUUCUCUGUCUCUGCUCUCUCCUGCUAGCCUGGCAGCCUCCCAGAGGUACUACUUCGAGGUGCUGCACAAACAGAACGAUGAGGGCACGGAUCAUGUGGAAGUCGCGUGGCGACGGAAUGACCCUGGAGCCAAGUUCACCAUUAUUGACUCCCCUUCCCUGUCCCUUUUCACAAUGGGGGAAGGAGUUACUCAAGCUGCCCACCCUUUCUGCCACAGGAAGUACCAGCUACAGCGCAUCGUGAAUGUGGAGAAGCGCCAGGACCAGCUACGUGGAGGUCGCUACCUCCUGGAGCUUGAGCUGCUGGAACAAGGCCAGCGCCCAGUGUGGCUCUCCGAGUAUGUGUCUACACGAGGCUGGCAGGGCAUCGAUCCAGCUGGUGGGGAAGAGGUCGAGGCCCGGAACCUGCAGGGCCUGGUUUGGGGCUCACACAACCGCCGGAGACAUGUCUUGAAUGUCCGGGCCCCAGAGCCCAAACUGUGUUGGCCCCAGGGCUUCUCCUGGAAUCACCGAGCCGUGGUCCACUUCGUUGUGCCUGUAAAGAACCAGGCGCGCUGGGUGCAGCAGUUCAUCGGGGACAUGGAAAAGCUAUUCCAGGCCACCGGCGACCCACACUUCAAUAUCAUCAUCACUGACUACAGCAGUGAGGACAUGGACAUCGAGAUGGCCCUAAAGAGGUCCAAGCUGCGGAGCUACCAGUAUGUGAAACUGAGUGGAAACUUCGAGCGCUCGGCUGGGCUUCAGGCUGGCAUAGACCUGGUGAAGGACCCGCACAGCAUCAUCUUCCUCUGUGACCUCCACAUCCACUUCCCAGCUGGAGUCAUCGAUACCAUCCGGAAGCACUGUGUGGAGGGCAAGAUGGCCUUUGCCCCCAUGGUGAUGAGGCUGCAUUGCGGGGCCACCCCCCAGUGGCCUGAGGGCUACUGGGAGGUGAAUGGGUUUGGACUGCUCGGCAUCUACAAGUCGGACCUGGACAGAAUCGGCGGCAUGAACACCAAGGAGUUCCGAGACCGCUGGGGCGGGGAAGACUGGGAGCUGCUGGACAGGAUCCUCCAAGCGGGCCUGGAAGUGGAACGGCUCGCCCUCAGGAAUUUCUUCCAUCACUUCCAUUCCAAGCGAGGCAUGUGGAACCGCCGUCAGAUGAAGAUGCGGUGAUCCUGAGGGGCGGCCCGCUGGACUGACUGCUUCCCGCUCCUUGACUUGCACUGGCUUCCCAGUGCCCCCACUCGCUGCUGAGGAGGAGGGGGCGGGUGGUGGGGGAGAAGCCAUGGCUGGGCCCCGAGAGGCCUCAGAGCGAACAGCAUCACUCCACCCAGAGCUGUCGCCUCACGCAGACAGCUGCCAAGGCCCCUCUCUCUACUCUGGGGGCCACUGAAGGGAGGACCUUGGGAGAGGGACCAGGAGGGGCCGUUCACUCAGUUGGCAGAGAUGGACCGGCUCCUGGCAAAGGUGGCACACUUCAGUCAAGGAAGGAAAGACCUGUUUGCACGCUACCGACCUGUCUGUGAGGUGCAUUCAGCAUCCCCUCCAGGCUCCUCCUGGGGAGUAGUGACCACAACCUGGAAACUCUUCUCUUGGACAUAUUUUAUUGGGGUUUUUAUUUUUCUAACAGAAAACCAAAACUGUACCUAUCCAGACCCAGCCUUGACUGUGAGAGAGUCAUGAGGAUGAGGAUGGAGUCAUGCAUUUAGGGCAUGUCCCCACUUGCAUACCUCAGACCCACUCCUGUGUAGCGCAGCGUGUCCCUCGGUCUUUGACCUGGCAGCUCAUUUAUAACCAGAGGAGCUGGCACCGCGUGGAUCUGUUCUCAGCUCUAUCCCCAGCCCGUGCCUUCCAGAGACAUGCGUGUCUCUCCCAGGGAGCCACUGAACAGCUGGCCACCGAGGAGGGCAUUAACCUGCCCCUCCCAGCGGUGCUAACUCCAGCCUGACCAGAAGCACAGACUGGCAUCAUCUUCACGAUGCCCCUGCGGGGUUGGGUGACAGCUGGCAGGCAGUGGGCUCGUCAUUCCCCAGUGUUUGGCGUAGAGGUGGUGCAGGACAGGCACGGUGGAGAAGGAGGGAGGAGAAGCCCCCGGCCUGGCCCACUUGUAGGCUGAAGCCUUGGGGAGAACAUGAAGCAGAGAGGAAAGAGGAUGGAGAUGUAAGAAAGCCUUGGGCUUAGAUGGGAACGGGGUGGCCAUCCAGCAGGAAGGGAGGAAAGGGAAGUGGAAACUUGAGGCCCCACAGCCCCGCUCUCCCACAGACUUGGCCUCCUGCAGGGAGAUCCCCAGCCGUAGCCUGCCCGGAAGAAGAGGAAGGGGUGUGGACAAGACGGAGGAAUAGGGAACAGGGUGGGAAGGGGCAGGGCCAUGGGUUCGGAGAGGUAAGGGCAUCACCCUGAGAUCUCUUCCCCAAUUGGAGGGGAGUGGGGCCAGGAGGAACUGGAAAGUGGAGCCAUUUCAGGGAAGAUAGCCCUUGGCCUUUGUAGUCUCCGGCCGCCCUGACACCUGACGAUCACUCACUUAAUCUUGCACUAAAAAUCCCCAGGUGCCUUUGGGGCUGGGGAUCUUUCUUCCGCCACUGCUGAAUUGACCAAUGGUGCAUUGGACGCUGGCUGUGGCACUCGAGCAUCCAGCGAAGGAGGGGAGCACGGGGCUUCCUGCUGUGAGGAAGCGCUCACAGGGGUGUGGCAGGGCCCAGGAGGCCAGUCCCCCGAGCCCAGGUUCCCUGCUGUGGUAGAGUCCAAGUCACAGCAUUUGGAGCUCCAACAUCUACCCAGUAGGCCCUGCAUUCACCAAGAGCACACACUUGGCAUUUAGGAGAAUGGAGCCCAUUGAGAACCUUCUGGAGAAUCCUUGCCCCCCUCUAAGAAAUCAGGAAGGACAGAGACUUUCCAGUUAAUGGGCUGUGGCUUCUGGAUUCCAUAUCUGCCCCUUGGGCCCUGACUUUUCCUGCAGCCCUUGCUCAGGCCUACCACCUUUGGGAAAGAGCUGUAGGGAAUAGGUGAGAGCUACAGUUGGCUGGCUAGGGUGCCGGCUUGCUUUCUGGGGCCACUGUCCCCCUUGGCCGUGGCACUGGUAGGCCUGAGCCAAUCCAAACAGCUCUGCCGCCUCUAUCCUCUUAAUGACAGGAGCCAGCCCAGCCUACCCUGCCCUGCUCAAGGUCCCCUCUGACCCUGGCCAGUGCCUUUCCUUCGUUUGUUACCUCCACACCAUCUGCCUUAAAGGGGGAGGCCCUGGUACGGCCCCUACUCUGUAGGGAAAUGUGUCGGGGGGCGGGGGAGGGAAAUCAUUAAAUACAGCAUCUUCUUAGAA